GCAUCCACAAACAAAAUGUGUGAACGCCAUGAUACCAAAGAAGAAGAUAUUACCCACCCUCGCCAGCCUUCCUUCUGAGAAGCAGUCAGUCAACCGGCUGUUGCAUUUUUUUUUCGGUUAUCGAUUGGUCUUGUCUGGACCGUGAAGUCGCGGGAGAGUUUGGACAAAAAUGGUGGAUAAAUAAAAUAGAGUUCACUAAGGCCGUUUUAAAAAAGUAUCAAUUUACGGUCUGCUUAACAGGGUGGCGCUCCCAUAGACACCAAUGCGAUAGCAGCUGGGUCUGGUCUGCUUUGUUCAUUGAUUGAACCAGAAAAAACAGCGACUGGAUUGGAAUCCUUCCUGCCCCCCCCCAAAAAACGUGACUAGCUAGCAUAUUGACGCCGAUAAAUACAGAAACAAAUGGCUUUGAAUGGUGACGGUUAGGAUCGCGUGACAAGAAUGGAGGAUAAUUUGGAGCGCGUGCUCCAUUGCGAUGACAAGGAGGAGUUGAGGCGGAAACUGGCCCUGCUACAGAGGGAGUACUCCAGGACAGUUCAGAGAUUACAGCGAGCUGAGCGUUCAGAUGCCGUGCGGAAGCAUGUGAGGAGUCGGAUCUCUGAGCAGAACCUCCAGGACCAGACAGACCCAGUCCCAGCCAGCACCUUUCCCAACCCAGCUCUACCUCCCCUCUCCCUUGGUUGCCCUGCUAGGACGGCCCCAGGUUCGGCCUCACCAUCCGGCCCCGCUGGAGACUCGACUGUGGCGGCAUCGUGUCCGGUGGAAUCUGAGAACCCCAGGCGGAGGAGUCCGUCCAUCCGCUUCCUCCUCCCCGUCGAUGACUCUUGCCCUCGGACACCUGACCUUAACCCUCACAGACGAAGCCACUCCCUCCGGCUGAGGUCACGGAGAAGCCGGCUGCGCUGGGAGCGGACGGGGAGGGUCCAGGGCGGCGAGGGGGCAGGGGGGAGGUACGACACAGAGACCAGCGAGGAUGGGCUGGAGCUGGAAGCACAAACAGAGAAAGAAGAGGACGGAGAGAAGAGAAAUAUGGAGGAAGAGAAGGAGGGUGUGAAGAAAGAGGUAGAGAGGGAGGAGAAUGAGAGGGAAAUUCCAGAUAAAGAGGCAAUUAAACAGAGUGAUGGAGAGGAGAGAGAAGAACAGAGGACAUAUGGACAGAAGGAGAUCGGUUCACCCCUUCCUUCUCUGAGGAGAGAUGGAGAGGAGAGAGAAGAACAGAGGUCAUAUGGACAGAAGGAGGUCGGUUCACCCCUUCCUUCUCUGAGGAGAGAUGGAGAGGAGAGAGAAGAACAGAGGACAUAUGGACAGAAGGAGGUCGGUUCACCCCUUCCUUCUCUGAGGAGAGAUGGAGAGGAGAGAGAAGAACAGAGGACAUAUGGACAGAAGGAGAUAGGUUCACCCCUUCCUUCUCUGAGGAGAGAUGGAGAGGAGAGAGAAGAGGGAAGUGAUUCAGUAGCUGUGGGAGUCUCUGUGUUAGGGGCUGUUGGGUUGUGUAACACUGGGGGAGUCCUGGACUCGUGCACUCUGGUGGAAGGUCUGCCGUUCCCUGUAGAAUACUACAUCAGAACCACAAGACGCAUGGCCUCUUCACAGAGCCACAGAGACCUGCAGGCUGUCGUUCUGAACCAACUCAACAGGGGGCGCCACAGAAGGAACAGGGGCCGGAUGUCUAACACACACUCACUCUCAACUUCACAGUCCGACUCACUAGCACAACCCUCCAAUCACCGCCCGUGCUCAAGUCAACUGACCUCAAACUCACCGAACAAUCGCACACCGGUUGAGGAGCCAUCAGCCAAUCAGAUGCUUACCGCUGAGUCGGGGACCAAUCAGAGUGAGAGUUUACCCUCCAGAGCCUGCAGUGUUCGGCCUAUCAGAGGCCGGAGGAGGAGAGGAAGGAGGCCGAGACUGGGCCGCUCUCUAAGUUUGGACUCGGAUCCCCCAGCACCAGUCCCAGACAACACCCAGACACCGGCCGCUACUAGCCCAGCCUCACAGCCUCUCCCUGGGGGUGGAUGUCCGGAGCGCUGGACUCUCUCUGGAGGUGUGGAGGAACGGCUUUAUCCCAUCUUCAGAAGGAGCUGUGUCUCUCCCCUCAUUCACACAUCAAAGCAGAGCAAAGAGAGUGUGUGGUCUCUCCUCCUGCCCUCCUCCCUCUCCCCUGGAGGACCAGCAGUGCACCCUGGGAGUCUGGGCUGCGUCAUCUCAACCUUUGGCCUCCAGGAUUUCCAUCUCCCCGACGACCAGUUCGGACAGCUAAAGCUCCAGAAGCUUCGCGCCUCGUCUGCCGUUGCCGAACCGGAACCCUUCUCACCUUACAACAUGCGUCGUCGCCGCAACAGAGGCUCGGUCCACGGUCUCCAUGGCAACACAGGCGGUCAGACGUCCAAAGCGCCUACACCUGAGCCCCUCCCUCUCAGCCUCACCCCUCCUGUCACAGACUGCGUCACUCCGGUAGAACAGUCUAUAGACAGAUCUAUAGGCCAGCAUCUUAUAGACCACCCUAUAGGCCAGCAAUCUACAGACGCACUAGACCAUUCUACAGACCUCCAUUCGGAGUACCAUUCAGUUUGCCAGUCUACAGACCACCCUGUAGACCAGCAUAUAGGCCAUCAGUCUACAGACCAACCCGUAGACCAGCCUACUGGCCAUCAGUCUACAGACCAACCCGUAGACCAGCCUACUGGCCAUCAGUCUACAGACCAAUCUGUAGACCAGAAUGUAGGCCAUCAGUCUACAGACCACCCUGUAGACCAGCCUACUGGCCAUCAGUCUACAGACCAGCCUACUGGCCAUCAGUCUACAGACCACCUUGUAGACCAGCCUACUGGCCAUCAGUCUACAGACCAAUCUGUAGACCUGCUUAUUGGCCAUCAGCUUACCGUUUUAGUAGGCCAGUCUAUAGACUUUCCUUCAGUAGACCAGCAGACAGGCCUACUCACUACUGAGUGCCCUUCCCUUCAAACUGAAACCGAGACCGAGUGCCCUCCCGAGUGUCCAUCCUUCCACACAAAGACUAAGUGCCUUUCUCCGUGCCCUACGGAGUUCUCUGUCGAGUGCCUUACCAAAUGUCCUUCCGUGUGCACUACUGAGUGCCCUUCCCUCCGGAGGGAGACAGAUGCAGAGUGUGCUGUCCCCCCCAGCCCUUCCCUGCUCCUCCUUAGCCCCUCCCUAACCAGCCACACCCCUCACAGACACACCCUCUCCCUUUCCCUCUCCUCCAUUCCCCCUUUACCUUCCUUAGGGAUGACCCCUAGCCCCUUGACCCCUAACCCCAACAUACCCCUCUCCCUCCCUGACAGCCCCCCAUUACCUUCUUUAGAGGCGGUGACUCUCCCUCUCUCCUGCCCUCCCUGCCGCCCCACUCUGACCCUCCCCCUCUCCUGCUCUCCCUGUCCCCCUACUCUGACCCUCCCCUUCCCCUCUAGUCCCUCCACCCAAGCCCUCUCUCCUCCCUCCCUCUCUCCCUGCCCCUCUCCAAUCAUCCCUCUCUCCUCCCCUCCUCCCUCCCUCGCUCUCUGCCACCCCAACCUUGUUGAUUCCCUGCCCCAACUUUUUCUCCCUCCCACUCCUCUACUACUGCCUCAAUCUCUCCCUCCAACCCCAAAUACACCCCCUCCAUCGCCCCCUAUCCAGCUUCUUCGCCAGCCAGCUCCCUCUCUCCACUCAACCAGACAGGCCACCGAGGAGAGAGGAGAGGGAGAGGAGGAGAGAGCGUGGAGGAAGAAAGAGGAGAAGAGGAGGGAGGGGAUGACCGAGGAGGGUGUCUUAAAGCUCUCUCACACACUGAAGGCCCCUGCAGGAGGCAGCCUGGUGGAUGUGUGCUGUGUGUCGUGGCUGUCAGUAGGUGUAUGUAUAGCGGUGGCAGGAGAGUGGGAGGUGUGUGUUUGGGGUCAGAACAACCCCCCACACUGGAGACGACUCCACACCUGGACCUUCAUACAAUCAGUGAUGUCAGUGUUUCCUGUGUCGGACGCUCCUGGGCUUCUGUGUGUGACUCUGGGCCAGCUGGAAAUCAGAGAGGCCAGGGUACUCUGCUGCUCCAGUCUGUCCCAGGCGGUGCUCUGUGAGGGGGAGAUCCACAUGGUGGUGGGCAUGUCCAACCGAAGGCUGGUUAGCUCCUCCUACUCUGUCGCCACAACCCCGCUGCAGGUCUACACACUGACACAGGAUGGCAGGCUGCAGGCCUGCCUGUCUUUGGUCUGUCCUACUGAGCGCGUGCAGACCGUGGCGGCGGUGGAGGGACAGACUGACGCUCUGAUUGGCUCAACCCACGGAGGACAUGUUGUUCUGUGGAACGUGACGACGGGACAGCUGCUGCGGAGCAUCAAUCUGGGAGAUGGUUUCACGGAUACGACCUGCCUCCGAGGAUACUCCCUCUGCGGGGUGCUGUUUGUCCGUUGCAACACACGUCCCUGUGUGCUGUGGAGGAGGAAGAGGGAGGGGCUCUGUUCUCGCUGGUCGCCACCAACCCUCUGA